UACUGAAGUCCCCGAUGCAUCUUUUGGAUUGAUACCAGACAGGGAUUCGACCAACAGGCGCGUGGAAUUUCCUUGCCCAACAGCUAUCACAUCUGCCUUCCUCAUCAAUCCGCCAAAUAUCCAGAGACAAGAUCUCGUGUUGAGGAAGAUGUCCGCCAAGGCAUCGGAGCAGGAGAUAAGCCAGUCGGUACUUGAUUUCGUGACCGACGGUACCUAUCCAGAGUCGGAACAUCUAAUUGCUUCCGACUUUCCAACCUCUUUACUAGUGAAAGAAUUGGAGCUGAUAUCAAAGGCUAGAGAGCAAGUUGAGGCCGAAAUCAGCUUUCUUAGUCGCGAAAACAACUUCGACGCCGACGGGUGGAUAUCACAAGCAAAACAGCUCCAUGCCGACAUCGAACGCUCAAGGGUCACUGCGCGGGAGAUUGUCGAGCAACAUGAGAAAACGCAGCCUUUACAAUUGAGGGUGGAAGAUGCUUCCGCUAAAGUUGGGUUAAUUGAGACCGAAAUCGCGUUCAAUCAGGCCGUGGCCAGCGCACUGACAGAAGUACAAAAGCUCUGUGGGCAACUUGAUGACGGACGGACGGCUAUUAGAGAGGGCCGCGUUAUGGCUGCCAUUGAGACAUUGGAGGCUACUGAGCACGCUGUCAAGCAGAGCAGUCACUUUACAAACACGAACGUCUUACAUAUAUUGUUAGAGAAUACUGCUGGUCUGCGGAAAGACGUAAUGGAAGCUGUCCGUCACAGUUGGAACGGACAAUUGCAUAUUGACAAAAGAGAGGGAAAGCUGGUGAUAUCUAGGAACAGCGUUGAUUCACUGGAAGAGUCUAUCGUGGCUUUGACUCGGCUAGGAAUGUUCUCUUCAACCAAAGAUCAGUUUCAAAAGGAAUUGAUGUCUAGGAUCAUCGAUCCGGUCUUGCUGCCCGGAGUUACUGGACGCAGCCACAAUCCCCGGGUCUCGGAGUCUUCGAUCUGUCUUGAGCCGCAGCCAUCAGUGGCUUCGGUUCCUGAGCUUCUUGAUCGCAUAGUCAACGUGUUGGGGUUCUUGAGGCAAUGUCUGCCAGGUUCCAUCGCAGACUCCUUCUCGGAUAUGUCCAUUCCCUUGUUGUCGUCCAAGAUAAUUGAGUACUGGUUAUCACCUGCGAUCCCAACCGGACUCGAAGGCCUGGGCCAGUUCGAACAUAUCUUGGAUCGUGUCCUCAAAUUCACCCAAUCCAUAGAGGGUUUUGGCUGGCACGGCCAAGAAGAACUCAAUUCUUGGGUUAAUCAGGCCCCGCGCCUCUGGCUGGCUAGACGACGGGUUGACUCGUUGGACCAGGUCCGCAGAAUUCUCGCUGCAUCCCAAGGUAUCACACAAAAAGUAGAAAGGGUUGAAGUCGAGAAGGUCUCCAAGAGCGACGAAGCCUUGCUGGAGAAUGCUACCCCUGAUGACUGGGAUGCUGGUUGGGAAGACGACAACGAAAGCGGUUCCAAAGGGAAGCAGUCUGCUACUCCCGACGAUGAAGAAGACAUGAGCGCCUGGGGUCUGGAUGACGACGAUACCGAAGAACAUGACAUGAAAUCAAAACAAAGUAUAACCACGACAUCCGCGGAUGAUGAUGAUGCUGGAGAUGCCUGGGGCUGGGGAGACGAGGAUGAAGAACAACAUGCCGAAGAAUCACAGUCCAGGGUACCGGUUAUAACCGGGGCUGCCAGUGGCAAGGAAGUAACUCAUCAUGCCUCUCCACGAGAGGUUACUUUGAAGGAAAAGUAUACUAUAACAGACAUUCCAAACUCUAUCAUAGGGAUUGUUAAGCAACAAGUCACGGAUUUCGAUUCCAUAUCCCAGCCUGCACAUGCCCACUCGCGUGUGGUUUCCUCUGGAACAGGACUUCUUGCGCUUCCAACUCUGAUACUGGCAAUGUUCAAGGCUACGGCCUCGACGUUCUACGGUCUCAAAUUAAACGCUGGACAAAUGUACCUUUAUAAUGAUAGCUUGUAUCUCGCUGACCAAGUGCAUAAUAUCGCAGAGGAUUAUCAGCUCACGAGGCUUCAUGCAGAUAUUGACGCACUUGAAAAAUAUGGCAAAUUGGCCUACAGCAAGGAGAUGCAGACCCAACGCACAAUUGUCACGGACCUUCUCGAUGGGGCACAAGGCUUUAGCCAGUGCUCAGAACAACCAUUCCUUGGCGAAUGCGAGAAUGCGAUCAGCGCGACUGUGGACAGGAUCCGGGACGUUUUCAAGGAAUGGCAGCCAAUCCUGUCACAUUCCGCGCUUCUUCAAUCAGUUGGCUCGUUGGUCUCGACUGUUAUCAGCAAGAUUAUCAUUGAGAUCGAGGAUCUGGGUGACAUCUCAGAACCACAGUCCCAGCGACUCGUGUCUUUCUGCAACCAAGUGUCCCAGUUGGAAGAUUUGUUCAUUCCGGAGGCAUUGGGAGACACUGAACGCUCGCCCAUGACAGCUGUCUAUGUGCAGAACUGGCUAAAAUUCCAGUAUUUAAUCAAUAUCCUGGAAAGCUCUCUGGCCGACAUCAAGUUCCUUUGGCUGGAAGGUGAACUGCGUUUGGAGUUUUCGCCAGAAGAAGUGGUCGAUCUGAUUGAAGCACUUUUCGCCGAAUCCGACCAUCGGCGAAAGGCUAUCGCAGAUAUCCGAAGAGCAUCCCGAGGCCAAUGAUCAUUUAUCAAACAAGCUGUAUAUAGUAUUUGAAAUAUAGCAAUUCCACCCUUUCUGCGAUCUGUCUGAC